GGGGGGGUCACAAGACAUCUGGACCACCCUGUAACACCAGUACCAGACUGCUCCAGAAGAUGAUUGCAAACGGGAGUGGCGCCGUCGCGUUCUCCGCAUUAGAAGCCGCACCACGAACCAUUUACACGCGGCUCGGAUUAUUCAGAACGAGGCGUCCCCAUCCCAAAUCAUCAUCGUCACGAUCAUCGGAACGGCUUCAGUCGCAAUCGACUCUCUCGACUCGCUCGAUUGCUCCGCCCUUGCGCCGAUCGCGAGCCGCAACACGUGGAGCCGAGCUCGCUGCGCCGGCUCCACGCGCUCUCUCCCCCCCACCCCGUCUCUCCUCGUCCCUCUCACGGUAACACCUCACGGUAACACACCUCGUCCCUCUCACGGUAACACCCCCGGGGUGACAUGGAGGUGCAGGGAGACGAGGCGCCGCCGCUGCUGCUCGAGCUGCUGCGCUCGGGGCUGCCCUGCCGCGGGUGCCGCCGCCACGCAACUCGCGAGACGCCAGAGGCGGCGGCGGCCCGCGAUGAGUGUAGGCCGCCGGCACCACCACCAUCAGCAGCAUCAGCAGCAACACCAUCAUCAGCAGCAGCACCACCACCACUAUCAGCACCACCAUCAGUAGCACCACCACUAUCAUCAGCACCACCACUAUCACCAUCAGCACCACCAUCAUCACCACUAUCACCAUCAGCAGCAACACCAUCAUCAGCAGCACCAUCAUCAGCACCACCACCAUCAGCAGCACCAUCAUCAGCAGCACCACCACUAUCAGCACCAUCAUCAGCGUCAUCAUCAGCACCACCAGCAGCAGCAACAUCAGCAGCACCACCAUCAGUAGCACCACCACUAUCAUCAUCACCACCAUCAGCACUACUAUCAUCAGCAGCAGCACCACUAUCAUCAGCGACAACAGGAGCAGCAAUGACAGCGGCAAAGGCGCAAGCAUCACCACCAGCAUCGUCAUCAAGGCCGUGUUACUGCGAGUUCGUAGACAAAGUCAAAGCGUGCGCGAGAGGACCUCCUGGUCGUGCCGGGGAGCGGCUUCUCGACGACGCCUACCGCUUGCUGCCGCGCUCGCUGCCGUGGCCCGACCACACCGCGCUGGCCGCGGCGCGUGCUCUGAUUCACCUGCAGCGGACGCACGCCGGCCACAACCUCAAGCUCUUCCGCAAGCUCGAGCAGAUUCUGUGCAAGCUGGGGGAGAGCAACGGCCAUGGCGGUCGGAUCCUCGAAGCGCUGAGGCAGCGGCUCGGCUCUCUGCUGGCAUCGGGCGAGACGAUGUCGCAGGAAGAGCUGCAGGCAGUGUCUGCGUACCUGGAGGAGGGAGUGUUGGUGCGAGGUCUCUGGAGGGAGAGUCUGGAGGUCGUCAUCGCUAAAGUGGCCCGGAGCUUCACGUUGGUGCUCGAAGACAGCGGGACCCGGGACAGCCCCUGGUGCUACUUUGUCAUCAAGGUGUGCCUGCAGAUCUUCCAGCUGUUGGUCUCCGAUUUGAGAAGUAUCCUGGAGUCGCGAGAGAGGGUUGCUAUCCAGCACAACCUAACAGUCAUCCUCCAGUCUCUACUCCAAGUCGUUUCUGGCCUGGUGACGGGCAAAGACGGCCGACUCCUCGCAGCCAACGCCCUGGCCUUGAGCGUCAACCUCCUGGAGGAGCCUACGCAGGCGGCGGCCGCAGCGAGGGACACGCUCCGUCUGACAGCAGGAACAGGUGUACUGCAGAUUGGGCUGUUCCGGCUGCGUGCAUCAGACUUGCAGUGGGAUGAUUUUUCGUGCCUCGCCGUCUGCAGGGGUCUCAUUACCUGCGCCAGGAAGGAUGUUCUGCUGUCUUCUGUCGAUGCUCAGGGUUGCCUGCUGCUCGACUCGAUCUUCCCAGCUCUGUGCAGACUCUGUGGGCAGCGACAGGAGGCCCAGUACCACGCGUUCCAGGGUACGUCAGUCCAUUCAGAGGGCACAUUCAGAGGACACCUCAAAAACACUCCACCGCGUUCAUCACGAAACACCCGCUCGGGGUGAAUCGUGAUCAUUUCCUAGAAACCACGGAACGGCAGAAAUGCUUAAUUGUUAUCCAUGAUUUUGGUUAACACUGAGCACGGAUUGUUCACGAUAACACCACACGUCAACAAAUGGGGUAAGCUUGCAAAGAUAUACGGACAAAACAAAUCUUCGUAAUGCUAAAUUGUCAAAAUACAAGAGAUACAUUUGGGAAUCUUGAUUCCAGUGAAAUGCAGCUUUCCAUUAAACAACAAGAACCGCCAUGCCCAAUAAUACUUAGCGAUGCGAGACGAAAGCACGGAGACCACGGCCAGAGAAUGAAAGCUCCGGCAGCCUCGGUGGGUUUAAAAUGUACUCAUUUCUCAUGAAUGUCAAAUGUUCUCAAAAAGUCAGGGAUGAGAAACGUCCAGCCUGAGAGGAGACCCCCGCAUAGCGGCUGAAUUCUCUCCGAUCUUGACUGCGUUUUUUUUAAAAACAAGAAUGAGAGAGCGAAAUAAAAAAAAAUCCUCAUGUUCCUGGGAAUUUCCUGACUCUAAACCGCGUUGUGCUGAGCUCAUCAAAAAAAAAAGCGAUCUUUGAUCCGUGGGACUUUGACAUUUGAAAUAAAAUAGCAACGAGCUAUGUCUGAAAAGAAUGUGGAUGUCCUUUGCUUCGGCGCUCGCCGAUGGGGCGAGUGAUAACCGUGCUCUUGCUUGGUCACUGACAGCUUUCACUGUGUGCUUGCUGGAAGCUCCUCUGGUCACUGAUGGCUAUCGAGAGCCUGGAAGUUUGCUUCUUUUUUUUUACCCCAUGCCUAUUUGCCCUUGUUAAAUGCCUCGAUGUCAAUAUUAUUACAUUAUGGUAUCGUCGUCAGCUGUGAUCAAUCCACUGCUGGAUGAAGGGCUCCCCAAGCCAUCCUAAAUCUGUUUACAUGAAAGGACAUUUUUUUAACCACUAAAAUUUUACUUCAAUUGAAAAACUAUUGCACUAAAUGGGAACAACAAUGUUUAGGCCCCUUGGCACCGAACAUUGAAGCAGACACUUUAUCUCUGUCUACCAACUUCAGCCGUGUCUACCAGCUUGAGGAGCGGGGUAUGGUGACGGUGCUGUGCACAUGGAGAUGGGGAGUCAUCUCUCACGUGCCACGAAUUUGUAUCCAGCAAGCCGCUAAGUGGCGAGCGCUUUGCACAGCCAAUUCAAGUCGACGUGUUUAAUGUUUUUUUCUUUUUCCAUCUUCAGCAGCUUUUUUUUCCUUGGCGGUGUUUCACGCUUGAUGCUAAUGCUCCGUGUCAGGUUUUUAUUGAUGCGGGGGUUUCCAUUUCUUGUCUUUUGCAGAUGUGGCACAGUCUAAUGAUGUACAUUCUGAAGCAUUUGUGUGUUAUAAUCUUCGGUCAGAAUUCAUUAGCAUAGCUCUGCCUUAGCCUCAGAAUUUUACAGCUUGUUUUAUUGUUAACAUUUUAAUGACUCUAUUAAUCUGGGUUUAGAGCAACGUACAAAACAUUGAAAUGGACUUUCCAAAUCAAAACCAGGCUCAAUGAACCAACGACAAUAGGCUCAUGUUGCAAGGCGCCCCUCUCUUGCCAUUACGUACACGCGUGUCACCUGACGGCAGGCACUUCAUUAACGCUUUAACAAGUGGCCAAACAGCAAUUGCCGUGCGCGCUACGCACUCCGUUCUGCGUGCUCCGUUCUGCGUGCGUGUGUGCGGUGCCGGG